AAAUGGGUCUGCUGACUGCAGUCAUCUUCCUGGCUGCUUUGCUAUACCGGUCUAAUGGAGAGAUUCAAAAUCAAAAACAGAUCCUUGAGGAACACAAUGAAAUCCGGAGAUCUGUAGUUCCCACGGCCAGGAACAUGCUGAAGAUGGUGUGGUAUGAGAAAGCUGCCAAAAAUGCUCAGAAAUGGGCAAAUAAGUGUGAGAUGAGAAUCAGCCCAAGAGAUAUGAGAGUCAUUAAUGGUGUCACCUGCGGAGAGAAUAUCUUACUGUCAUCUAACCCAAAAACAUGGGCUGAAGCAAUUCAAGUCUGGUACAGUCAGUCCUCCAAUUUUAAGUAUGGAUAUGGAUCAACUGCUAAAAAUUCCAAUAUUGAGAACUAUACUCAGCUAAUCUGGUACAACAGUUACCAGGUUGGAUGUGCAGUUGCCUACUGUCCUAGGAACCAGUUCAACUACUUCUAUGUCUGCCAAUACUGUCCCUCAGGAAAUAAUGCAAUGCAAAUAGCUACACCUUACAAAAGUGGACCAAAAUGUGCAGACUGCCCUGGCCACUGUGACAGAGGGCUUUGCACCAAUCCUUGCAAGUACCAAGAUCUCUAUGCUAACUGCAUGAACAUGAAAACCUUGUUAAGCUGUAACCAUCCACUGGUGAAGGAGAAGUGCCCUGCUACCUGUAGAUGCCCCACUCAAAUCCGAUAA